CUAUGCUCUUCUAGCCUCCACCCUUACACUCUCACACCCUCUCCUCUACCAAGCAUGCCCGAGCAGAAUGCUGCCAGGGGCGAUCUCGCCACUCGGCAAGCAGCGUUGCAGAAAUCACUCUCUGCCGCGUACCUCAACCACCAAAUAUCAGAACUUGAAUCAAAAGUCCGUACGGCCAAUAUCUCCUCCCCCGCACCGCAAGAUUACUCGGUCGACGCUAGCGCGCUUCUCAAUACUCGCCGUGAUCCGAACGAUGACCUGGGCCGUCCCGACGAUGUCGAGCUCGACGAGGACAUGAGAGGGGAGGAGCAGUGGAGGGUGAUGGUCGUCGAUAUCUCGGCGUUGAUGUGGGCGAAGAAUGCCGUCAAGAGACUGGUGGCCAAGGGAUGGGAGAUUGUUAUACCUCAGGAAGCUCUGAGCACUCUCGACCUCCUGAAAAAGGGUUCCACCCCCUCCGCUGUCGCCGCCCGUCACGCCGCCCGUUACAUUGAGCACGCCCUUCGCUUCCACACCGUCCUGUCUUCCGACCCCUCCCUCGCCAUUCAGUCCACCACCUCCUACAAACGCGGCCGCGGUGUACGUCUCCAACGUCCCACCGAGACCCUCCCCGUCGACUCUAUGCUCGACGAGCUGGCGAUCCCGCCGAUGGACGGUGAGGAGAAUCUGCCCAUGUGGCUGGAUCGGGUGUUCAGGUGUGUGGCGUACUUCAAGAUGGUCAUGGACGUCGAGGAGAAAGAAUGGGGGACGAUGGAGGAGGGAAGUGGAUUUGACAGAGAGACGCCUCCCAUACUCUACGUCGGCAAUGCGCCGGUGUUUGUAGAGGUGGAGCAGGGAAGAGCAGAGCCCACCCCUUCCGCAAGAGAUGGUGACAAGAACGUCGACUAUACCGCCAGAGCUGAAGGUCAUGUCAUUCUUCAGGAAGCUGCUCGAUUCGACUUGUCCCUGCAGGUGUUGCGAGACGACGAUGUCGAAGUCGAAGCUGCCGGCCUGGGCGGACGCAGACCCAAUCACCGUGGGAGCAACGACCGACUUGGAGGAGGAGGAGGCGGACGUCGAACAGGCGGGGGCAAUGACCGGAGAGGCGGGCGUGGUGCCAACGCUGGAAACAACGGCAAUCGACGCAAAGAGCCCAAAAAGGAGCUCGAACCUCCCAAAGAGGUCAAGAUCCUUCGUCGACAGCCUUCUCCCGCAGACCCAACCGCCGCUCGGGACGCGUCUCCAGACAGCCACCCUUCCCCUCUUGCCUCUCCCAAUGUUCCCGACCCAGCCUUUCCGGGACCAGAGAUCAAACCACGAGACAACUCGCGAUCACCGGCGCUAUUGGCGAGGCCACCUGCUGCUUCUCCCAGACCGGCGCUGCCUUCCGUCAAUCCUCCGACACAGAACAUGAGACAAACUCAGAACCGACCCUUUCCAGCCCGUUCGUCAAUGGGCCUCCCCCCACGUCCGCCUAUGGGCGGCUUCCGCCCCCCUGCCGGAACCAUGAACAUGGCUCGAAACAUGAAUCCCCACAACCCUGGUCAACUCCCCCACCGUCCUCCUCUCAACAUCGACUCUAAUCAAAACAACUCUCGAGCUGGUGAUCGUCGCGGAAGACAUGGGGGUGGGGGCGGUAGUGGUGGUGGUGGGAGGGGAAGAGGUGGAAGCAAUACGAACGAGUUUGUGCUCCUACAGAGACCUCAUUCUUUCGUGCGGCCUAUUCCGGGGGCUUCUACGCCUCCUACCACCGCUCCCACUCCUGCUCCUGCUGCUGCUGCAGUUCCCGAACCUGUCCAGACGAAUUCAAACCACGCCACGAAUCAGGCUUUGGGCAGUGGAGGUAUUCGAGGAGGGCGAGGGCAGAAGGCUCCGCCAAGAAUUGACGAUGAUCUACCUACUCGAGACCAGGCAGAAAAGAAGCCCGGGAUUCUACUUUUGCAAAGACCGAGAUAGUCUACAGUCCCAACCCUCUCUCGAGGGUGUUAUCUCAUUAUAUUGUCUUCUUUCUCGACGGUGCCUUGUUGGUACGUCGAUCACUAGGAGCUCUUUACAGCGGCAACAUAGGUGCGAGACUACUGAGGAGGGAUGAGGACGAGGAUGAGGACGGAGGGGCAAAGCUUUUGGUGAUGUCGGCCCCUUGGCCAAGUCGAAGCGCCCUGUCCUGAUGGUCUUCUAUCUUUAUCUCUUGUCUGAAGUAGGCUUGUUGGGAGACUGUGUGGGGUGGAAUGAGAAUUGGAGUGCAGGUUCUGAAAGGGGUUUGUCUAUAGGAGCGCUUGCUGUUGGAAGGUGAUUCAGGAGAGUUGGUGAACACGGUAUAUUGGGGUGCUCUCCUGGAUGUUUGUGUCAGAGUAGCAAUCAUGGUGGAGAAUGUUUACACGAUGUACAAGCCAUGCGUGUGCAUCUGGUCCAGUUUUGGUCAUGCUACGAGAAAGCUGGACA